UCCCCCCCAAAACGGCAUUAAAACGUUUCCUCUGCCCCGUCGACCUUUCGCUCUUCCUCGACUUUCGGAGAACAAGUCGGUCGUCUCGCUGCCGAUAGCCCUUCUUCCCCGGCUCGCCGCUCCUAUCCAGCUGCUUUGCUGCCCUUAUUCUCUUAGCGCAGAGCCGCCUCCAGGGUCAUCCCAGCCUGCACUCCUCGCGGAACAACACCAAUGUCAACGCCCGGUGACUCUUCCAACCAGCGCUUCCACUCGGUCGCCUCGCCCGCUCGGCCAGUGCAUCAGCGCCCAUCUGGCCCCUUGGGCUACAUCAAUUCUUUCCGCACCCCCCACUCACACCUCGGCACCAGCCCCAUCACCAUCAGCUCGUCUUUUGGUACCGGCACCGCGAAUCAUAUCGGCUCGGUUGUCGUGCCUGCCCCGCCUCCCGGCAGUGUCGACACCAGCGCCGGCUCCUUCAUCAUCGGAUCCUACAUUCGCAAGCAUCCAGCCUCCAAUGGCGUUGACUUCCAGGACCUAGCCUUCAAGCUGGGCGGUGUUGACAACGACGACGACAAUGAGCACGAGCACGAGCACGAUAACGAUAACGAUGCCGAUCAGCCCUCGCAACACGACGACGAUCUGGACGAUGACAACCACAGCGACGAAACCGUCACCGAGGCGAGCCACCAUGUCGAGCCCCUGAGCACCCCCACCAUUGUCCUCAACCGCAAGGACAAGUCGCUGGCCACCACCGAGCCUGCCCUGUCGCCCAAGCGAGCCCUGUCGUCAGAAAGCCAGUCUGCCAAGCCCGCUGUUCGCUACGCGCCUGCGACCUCUGUUGCUGCUGCUGCUGCUGCUGCUGCUGCCAGCACCUCGCAACAACCGUUGCCCGAGGCUCCAAGCUUUGCCGCCAGCAUGUCUACUGAUUCCGCCGCUGCCUCUGGCCGGGAUCAGGAUGACGAGCGCAAGCCGCUGCUAAGCCGUGGCCUGCUCGGAUCUGGCGAAACCCAGCGCAGCGUCCGCUCCUUCUGGUGCUGCUGCUGCUGCUGGUAGACGCCUCCUCCUCCCUGGACCCGGCGUCUCUCCGCCUCUCUUCCGCUUCUUCAUUUCGCCUCGAUACUUUGCAUACUUCACUCGUUGGACAUCCGUCGCAUGGCGGCAGCCACACUGUGAGCGCCUCCCGACAUCUCCAGCCACACUUUCAUCUCCCUCCCCCCCUCUCCUCCUACUCCUCCUCUCUGGCAGCGACAAAGACGAAAUCCCGGUAAUUCAUCGACUUCGACACACUCUUGUUCCCAUCAACU